CAUCAAUCACCAUGUCAACCACAACAACCACCCUCUCCAUCCUCUCCGACUACGAAGUCCACCACACUGGAGCAGAUAGUCAGCCCCAAUUCCAAACUCAACUGCCAGUUCCCGCUCCGUCCCCACCCCAACCAGCCAACUGGCCAACAAACCACCGACGCAUCCCUGCCUACCGGCCUGUCAACCGACACCUGGACUACAACGAGCGAGCGGCGGGGGGCAGUCUGGGCGAGUAUGUGUUUAUUCAGACGAUGCUGCAUGGGGUGUGGUUGAAUGCGACGGUUGCCCGCCUCUGGCGCUUCACGGGAGGGCGGAUCAACGACAGGAUAUUCCAGUAUAAGAUUGGGGGGGAGUGGUGACUUCGCCUUUUUCAACAUUUGUCUUG